AGCCUCACGAGGGAGGAGUGGAGAGAGUCUCUUCAAUUCAGAACUGUAAGCAUUUUCGCUCACAUGUCUCUAUAUAUAGAGGAGGAGCAUUUGCUAUCGGUUUCAUGAAACCAUAACCAUUUCAUUGCUUUUUUGCGCUCUCUGUGACCGCGGCUGGGAAACAAAGAUUGAUACUAGGCUUGGUGGUGUUUGUUGGUAGAUAGAUUGUUGGAAAGGGAAGAAAUGGGAAGGGUAUUUGUGAUCAAUCUUGAAGGAAGCAUCUAUAGCUGCAAGCACUGCCAAACCCAUCUUGCUCUUGCUGAUGACAUCAUUUCUAAGUCUUUCCACUGCAGGCAUGGAAAGGCUUAUCUCUUUGAUAAGGUUGUGAAUAUCACAGAAGGAGAGCAAGAAGAACGAAUGAUGAUGACUGGAAUGCACACUGUUGUUGACAUAUUCUGUGUCCGUUGUGGUUCGAUUUUGGGCUGGAAAUACGAGUAUGCGCAUGAGAAGGCCCAGAAGUACAAGGAAGGAAAAUUCAUCCUUGAGAGCAGGUAUAAGAUUUUGGGUCCUGAUGGAAGCAACUACAUGGGUGGUCAAGAGGCUCAAGCUAUAGGGAGUGAUGCUGAUGAUGCUUGAUUGGCUAUUUAGCGUGGAAUGAUUUUACAUAAUGAUUCCUGAACUGGUGUACUGAUAUCCCAGCUAGUCAUUUAUUCGCUUCUCUGUUCAUGGUAAUAUCACGUCACAAUUUCAAAUCUAUUGUGCAGCUUGAGUUGGAUGUGAGGAGAAACCCAGUUGGGAUCCUAUGUUAAAUUUGGUGCUACCGUUAAGCACUUUUAGAAAAUAUGAUUCCAUUCUUACAUGAUCGCAA